AUGUUAAACAACAAUGUCCUAUCGCGAACUUUGACACCGCACGACUGGCUAGGCGCCCCGCAUUGGCUCAGCGAGUGCCCGCUGCCCAAGAGUGGAGCAUCUAAAUCCACCAUGACAGGGCCAAACGCCUACCACAUCUGCCAACGCGCCGCCCGCGCCCGUAUUCCAGCUGGGUGCACCGUGUCGGAUUUUAGCGCUGAGCCGACUCUACCACAGGGCGAUUUACAAUUGACAACUGUCGAUUCGGACACCGUGCGGCCGUUGUUCGCGCGGCUGAAACACAGCCUAAUGAUAGUCCGCGUUGCGGUUACGCCGUCAUUAAAGCCGUCCCCCUCGCGCCCGUUGUGGCCUUGUGAGCGGGAGCGAGAGGCCGAAUUAUCAGGAUCGGACGAUGGUACGUGGGGCCCGUGGCGGCCGCGGCACCCAAUUAGCGGCGGACGCGCCGGUGGAGCGAGCUUUUUGCCCGCGUCGACCGCGGCGCGAUGGCGUCACGCGGAAAUGGCGGGAAUCCGCGGAAACGCGCGCUUUUUCCCAAGCUCGUCUAUAGCCACCGCGACGCUAGCCUAC